AUGGAUAAGAUAUUCUUUGUUCUCGUAUUUGCAUGCAUCGGAAGCGGCUACUCUUGUUCCUGGGAUGUAAGUUUCAUGUUUACGGUUACUGUAAUGUAAUAAGCUUACAGAUAAAUCUAUAUUACUCUAACCAGUAAAUUACUGUAAUACUACUUAGGUGUCAAGAAUAAUAAUAUGUUUUUCAUUUCAGAAUUGCCCUUCGUUUGACAGUGAAAAUGACAUCAAUGUGCAUAUUGUAAGUAAAAGCAUUACCUCGGUCAUAAAGUUUGUAGAAUUUUAGUUCAAAAGUCUUCCUUUUCUAUCCACUUUUCGAUCAAAAUUAGGAUAAACAAAAUAAAUUAAUGUUUAGAUUCCUCACACGCAUGAUGAUAUGGGCUGGAUCAAGACAGUAGAUGACUAUUACACUGGAGGUAUGUCUACUACAAUAUAACUUAAAUAAGCUAAUUUAGCCAAGAAAAGACUAGUUAAUGUCGGAGUUCAAUUCAUAUACGAUUCUGUGAUCGAUGAGCUCAGCAAGGACAAGGAUCGUCGAUUUGUGUUCGCCGAAGUCGGCUUCUUGAUGAGAUGGAUACAUCAACAUGGAAGUGAUGUCAAACUCAUCGAAAAGUUCAAAAAGUUGGUUGCUGAUGGUAAGAAACAUUAAAUUUUUUAAAGUUUCUGGCACUUAUAAUUAGCGAAAUUGAUAUUCCAAGAUUUAUCAAAUUUGACAUUUCGUUCUUAUUGAUUGUGACAUUUCGUCCAGAAACAAAAUUCUGUCUUUCAAAUUAAAAUUCUUUGCGAAACAGAUUUUUGCCGUAAAACGAGGUAAGACUUCAAUUUCAGGCCAAAUUGAAAUAAUCGGCGGAGGAUGGGUUCAGCCAGACGAGGCAGCUUCUCAUUACAUUGACCUUAUAGACCAAUAUACGUUAGGCUUACAGUAUCUGAACGAAACCUUCGGAGAAUGCGGAAAACCCAAAGUGGCAUGGCAGAUAGACCCAUUUGGGCACAGUAAAGAGCAUGCUAACUUAUUGGCUCAGGUAAUGUUCGGUUUAUGUUACAGUAGGUGUUUAGAUGGGGUACGAAGCUCUGUUUCUUGGUAGAAUGCACUUUAACGAGCUGGAGGAACGACAUCAAAACAAGAGCAUGGAGUUCGUGUGGGCUGGAUCUGAUGACCAAAGUAAGUAGUAACAAUAAUUGAAAGUAUUGUUCGUUAUUGUUGAUUGGAGGAAUAUUAAGAUAAGUAUGUUGAGCUAAUCAAAAAUGUUACUAAAUGUCUAAACUUACAUUGUAAAUUAAAAUGUAUAUUCUGCAACUUCAGGAACUAAUAUUUUUACUGGUGGAUUCUACACCAACUCCUACGCCUCUCCCGAGAACUUCUGCUUCGAUCAGCUGUGUGCUGAUGAUCCUGUAGUGGAAGAUCCUUCUCUAGAUGGCUACAACCUACCUCAGAUGGCUGCUAGUUUCGUGGAGAUGGUGCAGAAGAGGUCUUCGGUGCUACGGCACAACCACUUGUUGUUGUUGAUGGGUGGGGACUUCCAGUACUCGAACGCUAACAUGUACUUCUCCCAGAUGGAUCUGUUGUUCAAGGAGAUCAACAAGGACUCGGCGUCUCACAACGUCACAGUACGGUACUCUAUUCCAUCGUGCUAUAUGAGGUCUUUGAAGCGAUUGUACUUCCAAGUGCCAACUAAAAAUGACGAUUUCUUUCCGUAUGCCAGCUCUGAACACCAAUAUUGGACUGGAUAUUACACUAGUAAACCGGCAUUGAAGGGUCUGAUUAGAAAGGUGUCGAACUUCUUACAGGUAACAGAUGUUUUGGUAUAAUGUAGACGAUUCCUUCACAUAUUAUUUAGUUAGUUUUAUGUUGGUAUACUGCUAUUGUUAUAACAAUUCAGCAAAUUAUUUCAUUUUUGUUACCUAAAAUAAUAUUACGCUUGUUUAGUUGACUCGCAUGUUGCGAGUAGCUGCUUCGUUGAUUUCUGCUGACCAUUACCGUGAUGAAGAUACGAUUGAACGUGCUAUGGGACUUGUGCAACAUCAUGAUGCUGUCACGUAGGCUUUUAUUUAUCAUUUUCCCUCAGGAUUUUAAUAAAAAUCUACUGAUUUAAGUUAUGCUAUAAGAUACAGAAAAGUUAUAUAUAAUUUUAUUUUUUGACUUUUAGAGGAACUUCAAAGGAAGCGGUUACUGUAGAUUACGAGAAGAGAUUACUGAUAGCGAUGGAUACGGUAGAAGUGAGUUUUAAAAAUUUUAUUUUGUUCACUAAAUUAAAAUUAUUUUAGGAGUUGACAGACCUGGCGUUUAGAACUUUGUCUCAUAUUCACCAUGACGUCAAGAUACACUUCUGUCCUCUGCUCAACGAAACUGUUUGUGACGUUGUCAAGUAAGAUAACAAAUUUUUUCCUAAUUUACAGUUGUGUGUCUUUAUUUAAAAAUAUUUAAAUGGUUUUUUUAUUUUUAGCUCAGAAACUGUAGCAGUAACCUUCUUCAACUCAAACUCGAAGCCAAUUGAAGAAGUGGUUGAGAUACCAUAUUACUCUAGAUCAGCUCUGGUUCAGGACAACAACUUGAAUGAUAUUCAUUCAGAAGUGGGUCAUCUUUUAGAGUUUCAUAUUGAAUUUAUAAAAAUAACAUGAAUCCACACCACCAACUUAUAACACCCUUGCUUUCAGAUCACAAAGAGCUUCCGAUUGGCAGAGCAGUUACUGUCAAACCAAACAGCACCAUUCCAGAUUACAUUCCCAGUCUCAGUACCAGCUUUGGGGUACAAAACGUAUUUUAUCACAAAGCUGAAGAGCAAGUAAGUGAAUAAUGACGGUUUAGUGACAAAGUUAAGCACUUUAUUCUAAAUAAUUAUGAAGAUGUAAGGGUAGAGUUAUUUAAAGUCAUCAAAUUGGGUAAUGUUAACACUUCAAAACAAAAUGCGUCAUUUGCGAGAAAUAGGAACUAGCAUUGUUAAUGUAGUAUGACCUAGUAGACAAGUGUAGUAUGAUACUCACCAUGAAUGUAGCUAGCGUCAAACUACAAUAAUAUCUUCAGACGCAACUACCUGUCGCGGAAGAACUUGGUCAAAACAAAGUACCGUAGUCCAAACGAGACUGUAAGUAUCGAGAAUGAGUUCAUCAGACUGGACUUUGCUCAAAACGGACUAGUUCAGUCCUGGACUGAUAUUCGAACUAACAAGACUGAACAGUUUACUCAGCAGUUCUUCUAUUACAAUGGAAUGGGACAAAAUGGUACCGAAGCUAGGACUGGAGCCUACAUCUUUAGGCCUAAUGGUACUUGUCCUAUCGACCUUCCUCAGCCGAUUCAGAUCGAGUACUUUAAAGUGGGUAUGGGUGGGAAGGGGGGGGGGGUAUUACACGUGGCUUAAGCAUGAUUAUCUUAUCUUAAAAUACGUUUUUUGUAAGACUCGAGCGUUUUCAAAUCCCCAGUCGACACAAAAAAAAUCAAUGUCUUCAAAAUUUUUGAAAUUUAAAUAUUUGAACAGCCUAUACGCGUAAGUUACACAAAAAUAAAAAAUUUUUAAAAAAAGUUACAGUAUGAAGGCGUACGGUAAUACCAGUCGUGUUUUCAUAUCUCAGUAAUGAGCAGUCGUAGAGACACACUUUCUUCACCAAACUGUUAAGCGUGUUUAAUAAUGCUUUUUUGUUAUUUACAUCUACAUUCUAGCGUAUCAGGAAGUGCUUCAAAAAUUUGCAUCUUUUGUGCGCAACUACAGUAUUCCGUGUUUUUCUCGGCAGGGAUCUGAUGCGACACUUUUUUAUUUCAGAUUAUCGGGACUUACAAAAAACGUGUUUUAAAUAAGGUGAAAUUAAACUCUAUGUUUCGGUAAUUUUGGAGCUUUAUGUACUUUUAUAAUACAUUCAUUUAACAACUACUUACAGUAACUUCUCUUACCGUUACAGGGUGAACUGGUUCAAGAGGUACGGCAGGUAGUGUCGCCGUGGAUUAGUCAGGUGAUAAGGUUGAGAAAGGGUGACAGCUUUGCCGAAUUCGAAUACACAGUUGGACCCUUACCAAAAGAGGAAUUGUACGUAGCUACAUUGAUGUUACUAUACAUUGUCUUAAAUGUAUGUUGUUAUCUAAUCACGUGUUUAGAAGUCCAAUUGCGAAGGAAGUAAUCACACGGUAUACAGUAAGUGGGCUCGGCAACAAAAACAUCUUCUACACGGAUACCAACGGCCGGCAGCUGAUGCAGAGGACGUAAGGAGGAUACUGUAGUAUACGAAAAAUAUAUACAUUGUUAUGAUGAUAUACCUAUACCACAUGCAUAUUGUACAAGGCGCUUAGAGCUUUUAACAAUAUAUGUUUAAAACUACAGUAUAACAGUUUGAACUUUCUUACAGAGUAAACCAAUCCCCCACAUUUGCUCGCAAUGUAACCGAACCCAUCAGUGGCAACUACUACCCUAUCACUAGCCAGAUACUGAUUCAGGACGGCCAAUCCCAGCUCUCAGUGCUCACUGACAGAUCUCAUGGAGCCACGUCUUUGGCGGACGGCCAAGUCGAGGUUAUGGUAAGGGAAAGCACCUGUCGGUAAUGACGUUGUUUACAUAUCAAAGUAUUUACUCGGUAUUUGCCACAAACAUAAUGACAUAUUAUGCUGGCCUUUUACGGAAGUCGAAUAUUAUAGUUGUCUGGUCAGAAAUUACAGAGAAACGUUUUUGAUACAAUUUCUGGUUUUUUUCUGUAAUUAUCGACCAAAAUGUGAUAAUAGAUGUUUAUGAUUGUAUGGCAGCAAGUACAAUAAUAUAUAUUUAAAUUACUCACGUAUUUUAUGCAAAUUAUAUAUAUAUAUUAUAUAUUAGCUACACCGUCGCGCCUUCGAUGACGAUGGGUGGGGCGUGGAUGAAGCACUAGACGAACCAGGUCAAGAUGGUCGAGGACUGAUAGUAAAAGGAGUGCACAAGGUACUGUUAACUCAAACUGACAAGUCCGCUUAUCGACCAAAGGCCCAAGAUGUAUAUCAUCGACCACUGAUAGCCUUUUCGCCGAUCCAAUCAGUGGACGACUACAAGAAGAAUACGGUAACAGAGGUACGACCACUUUAUAAGCCUAUUCCACGUAUUUUCUGACCGACUGUGACAUUUUAUUCUGCUGUCACUCCUUACGUGUUGUGCAUACGUAACUUGUUAUGUUUCAGUUCUCUUUGUUGUCGGCCGAGCUUCCUACUCAGUUACAAGUAAUUACGCUGAAAGCCCUACCCAACAAUCGUAUCUUACUGCGCCUCGAGCACAUCUACCAGGGGACCGAAGAUGUCAUCCUGUCCCAGCCGGUUACGGUUAAUCUCUCGGUAAGUGCAAGUUUGUAGUACUAUGAGUAGGUCGUCGGUGUUUAGUCACUCCUUUGGGUAUUAACCUUACAUUCAUAUAGUAGGUCUUGUAUAGUAUUAAAAGUGCACAGAAUUUGCAUACGUAUACAAUUGGUAUAGACUUGGCCAUAAAUUAAUCAAAAAAGUAAUGGCCCUACUCAUAAAAGCCGUGCCAUGUACUUUUUGACCCCGAUCGCAGACAAAUCUGUUUACAAAACACAUAAACAGACCAUAAACAACAGUCUAUCUUAGAGUCCACAAGUACUUUCCUCCCUGUAGUCAACACCAAUUUCAGAAAUUAUUCAAAUUCCGUGUAGCCAGCCUCCAGGAGACGGACCUCUCCGGCCUGACCGUGCUCCAGUCCACCAGUGACGCGGUGAUUUCACUGUCGCCGAUGCAAAUACGCACCUUCUACUUGACUCUUGAAUAA